CUGCACUCGCUGAAGAUGGCGGACUGCAGCACACUGCUGGAUGAGGCGCUGGAGUCAUUCGUGUUCAGUUACCUGACUGACAGCCCGGUGCCUGGUGAGGAGUCUCUGUCGCUGGAUUUUCCUGAGAUCGAUCUUUCCCAGUUGGAUGCUGGAGAUUUUGACACUACCAGCUGCUUUAAUGAGUUACAGUGGUGUAAUGAUCAGUCGGAGAAUGAGUCCAGCCAGUACAGCACCGAUGACUCUGAGCUGUUUCAGAUUGAUGGGGAAAAUGAGGCCUUACUGGCGGCCCUCACACAGACACUGGAUGAUAUUCAGGAAGAUGAUAUCAACUUGUCAGCCUUCAUGUCCUCCGGAGAUGGGGACUUCUACCCCGUACCCGCCCUUUCGCCAAAACCCAGCCGCCCAACUGAGUUCCCUAAGAGUCUAGAAACUGAAGAUGAGCUGUCUAUACUUAAGAAGUUACUUCUUUCUCCAGCACAGACACCCACUGGUUCUGAUGCACACGAGAGCAGCUCUCGACAAAAAGGAACCUCAAAGGUCCGUCUUCAGCGACAGUGUUUAAAGGUGGACAGUUCACAAGAAAAACCUACUAGCAUUCCUCAAGCACAGGGAAGAAGCUGUAGUGAACUACACAGACAUUUGGUAUCAAUCACACAUGUCCCUCCACCUACAGCUAAGGAUGAAAGCAAUAAAGAAGUACAUGAUUCAGUUGAAGAGGAGAACAGCGAAGAUGAAUCUGGGAGUUCCUCACCGUUGUAUGCUUUUCAGGGUCAGGAUCCACAGUUCACCUGUGAGAAGGAAAAGAAUGCGGUAGUAGACCUCAUCCGGUAUAUGCACACCUACUGCCUUCCGCUCAAAAAGCAUCACAGUGAUGAGAAACACCAGCAAUCCAGCAGUCUCUUAAAGAGAACUAAAAGCGAUUCAACGCAAGCUGUGCAUACUUAUGGAAACAAAGUAAACUUGGCAAAUGCCAAAGGGAACUGUCUCGCAUUGGGCAUGCUCAAAAGGACAAAGCGAACCUGGUCAGGGUCCUCAAUUCUAAAGGAACUCCUUGCGAGAGACAUUUGUGAGGACGUAAGCAAGCCAUACCGGCUGGUCCAGCCAGUAUAUGCAGCAUUCUCUCAUUUAUCUUGUAGCCGUUUGCCACAAGAUAAAAUAGAAGGGCGAUUGAAUAAGGGGAUCAAACCUGCAUUGGAGAAAACUGAAAAGGUAUAUUUAGCUCUUAAGAAAGACGGUCAAUGUACGGGAGCAGAUGCUGCUCAAGAGCAGAUGACCAGUAAAUCUGCUUCCAAACAGGAAUGCUCUGUUUAUGUCAGACGUUCAAGCAGACUAAACCCAGAGUUCUGGUUUAAUGAUGAAACUUCUCCACAGACAUGUACAGCACGGACAGACUCCGACAGCCAGCACCCAGCAGCACAGAACCUCUGUUUGACAGUGGAACCUUUUGUUGAUGAAGAACAGGUUGCUGAAAUAGAAGUUGGAGAGUCGACUGAAACAAAUGGCCAAACAGAACUGGACAGAGCUCUACAGGAUCUGGACAGCCUUCAGAGUGAUGCCCUAGAAGCACAUACUGACAUUGCCAACCAGCCAUAUCAUCCUCCAGAUAACACCUGUCGUUCUUCAUUGUCUUUGACCGAAACCAAUUCUCCAUUUGAAAAGAGGACUUUUGAGGAGGGACUUACUGUGGAGCUGUGUGGGACUGCAGGGUUAACCCCACCAACCACUCCGCCAUACAAGCCUGCAGAAGAAGACCUGUACAAACCAGAGAUAAGUCAGGAAUCUGUAAAUAAAGGUUCUCUUAUUACCUUGUCUCUAAAAGAAGAGGCCAGCGAAGUCCGUCUGUCUGUAAAUAGGAAGCUUGCAAAGAAGCAGCCAGAGAGGACUGAACUAUACGCACAUUUGAGUCGUACACAGUCCGUUCCAGCAAACUCUCCCUCACAGGGAAUUAAAAGGACAUUUUUCCGGUCUUUUGGAGACCAUGAUUAUUGCCAGGUUAACAAGUCAGAAACUGUAUUCCAAAGGAAAAUACUGAAGCCUCUGGAUCUACCAAACCAUGGUGAAAAGAAGAAGAAGCAGCCUGAACCUCCCGUGCUCCAGAGGAAAGUCACUGAAGGAGCUUUGACACAAGACACCAAGGUGUUAAAGGACCAUGAGAUUCGAGCGAGUCUCACUAAGCAUUUUGGUUUUCCAGAUAGCACUCUUAAAGAGGAAGAGGAUAAUGUUACAUGUAUUAACCCUGAGUAUGACUCAGUUUUCGAGGACAGUGACAGUGACUGCAGCUCUCCCGAUGAGGCCUGCCUGUCUCCUCUUAGAGCAAAAUCAUGUUCUAGAAGGAGCCCCCAAUCCAAGCCACAGAGCUAUCGGCAAGGUCAGGCCGCUGCUAGAAUUAUAAGUUCAUCCGACAGCAAGAGGACACACAGCAGAUGUGAAAGCAAUGAACAGAGACCGACUGGAAACUUGAGCCAGAGGCAAAUCCAAAGGAAGAGGCAGAAUGCAAUUGAUGAAGGGCGUCUCAUCUGCAUCAGAAAUCUCUCAGGCAGCAUUAGUGCUAAUGAGUUGAAGAGGAGGUUUGAGGUUUUUGGAGAGAUGACUGAAUGUCUCAUUCUUAGUAGACGCAGGGGUGAGAAAUAUGGCUUAAUCACGUAUCGGUUUCACGAGGAUGCUGCAUUGUCUUUGAAGAAGGGCCCUUCCCUGAGAAAAAGGAAUGAGCCCUUGUUUCAAAUGAGCUACGGAGGUCUUGGGCAUUUUUUUUGGACCAAAUACACUGAUUUAGAUUCAAAUGCAGCGGAGCCAUCGACAACUGUGAUGAAGAGCAAGUACAAGUCCAUGGAUUUCGACAGCUUGCUGAAAGAGGCACAGAGAAGUCUACAUCGAUGACAGCCUUAUUAUAGAGGAGUACCUCAAUACCUCAGUCAAGGCACUUCCAACAUGUUUACGUUUUCGAAACAAAGUGGAAUACAGAUACAACAGACUUUAUCCUUUGAAUUGAUGUUUACAUUGAACAAAGCUGCUUCUGUAUGUGAUCUUCCCAUGGUGUUGCUGUCUCACUGCCACAUUUGAGUAUCCUUGCUUUUUUUUUUCCGGGUGCGUCUAUAAACAUAACGUCCUUACCCCUCCCCUCGUGGUUGCAGCUGUGUUCUCCAUAACAUUUUUUUGUCUGUAGUGUGUAAAACAAAUCACCACUCAAAAAAGUCUUUUGUGAAUAGAGUCUGGAUAACUAAACUACUUUUAAUAGAAAGAUGUAUAUUCUUUAAAAAAAAAAAAAAAAUUGUAUUUAUGGUUCACAUGUACUGUAUUUCAUAUUGUCGUCUGCUUCAUUUUGAACUAUGCACUCUAGUGAGGUGUUUGCAAAAGAUCCGAUUUAAUCCUUGUACAUUAUGAAUCCUUAUGAAUCAUUGGGCAAGAACUGCAAAUCUAGAACACCGGGCAUUGAAAACUAUAUAGAUAAUCUUGAAACUGAAGUCAAGUCUAUAUGUGUCAUAUAUUUUAGUAAGGACACUGGAUCUCACAGUCUGGAGACCGCUCUGCUGCUUGUUUUUCCUCCUGCGUCUCCCCAUUUUUUUCUCUUCCUAGAACUGUUAACCUUCCCCCAUUUUUUUUUUUUUCCCCCAAAGCCAGAUUGGAACUGGCACAAAAGAUGCAGAGUAUUAAUGAAUGAACCGAAUACUUGUCUAUGUGAAGUUCACAUUCCUUUAUCAGAGUUGAUGUUGAAGAUGAGAACAUUUGUGCAGAUGGCAUCUGUCUGCCAGGCCUGUCAGGAGAAUGCAGGUUCUGAUCAACACUUUAACAUCUGGUAUUACUUUGCACAAUAGUAAAUCGGAUAGACUGACAUGCUUGCAGAACUUGACUUUGCAGUUCAGGUGUCCUAAAUGUACCCAUAAAUCCAGUAUUCCCCAUGUAGGGUUCAUGUACUUGUCCUGUAUCCUAAUGUGUGUACAAGAGAUAAUGUUUCCUUUCAUCUACUUUAUGACUUAUUUCCAAAGAUUACCAAGGAGAUUCUCCUCCUUCUCACUUUAGCGUAUGCAUUGAAUUUGUGAUAUCAUAACGUGAUUGACAGCAAUACACAGCUGGAAUAAUGCCCGCCAUAUCCUGCCAGAGACAGCAAUGUUUCUGGGUUAACAUUUUAGCUUAGUAUAAAAGCCAUUCUUUUCAAUGACACAGGAGUGUUGUAAAUAGCGCCAUCAAUACUUGGGAACUGGGACUGCUGAAGCCGUUAUGUUUACCAGGGUAGCAUAGAAUGUAGGAUUAAGCCAUUACGUGUAGUUUAGGAGACAUAGCCUUACUUCUUUAAAUAGUCACCGGUAGAUACCUCCGGUCUUAUUUUUUUAUGUUUUGCCAAAGUUUCCAGCAGCUCCAGCGAAACCCCAGGAUUGAACAUACCUCUUUGGCAAACACCUUAUUGUAGAUCUGCCUUUAUCUGUCAUAGUAUUCCCAUACAACAAUGAUGUUUACAUGUGAUUGCUAUAUAGUUUACUGUAGAAUAUAAUAUAAAUAUUAUAUAUAUAAAUAUAUAAGAAUAUGAUGUUGCCCUUAGGGUGAAUCGUUACGUCCUGUGCUGUGCCGAUAGUUUUGAGAACAGUAUGUGGAAUAUUCUCUGAAUAGACGUCUACAGUUUACACAAAGCACAUAUGUUGCAUUGGGGAUUCAAGUUUGUAAGGGUUAAAGUUAAAUUAUUCUGCUUUCUAGCGGCGGUUUCAGUGACAGGCGGGUGACUCCUUGUAGCCUAUACGUGGCCGGUGAAUCUCCUGCUUCUAAUGUCCAGUAGUGCUUCCUUUUGCUGACCAGCUUUGUCUGGCUCUCAUUCUGACAGAGGACAUGAUGGCGGAAGCUUUCGUGACUAUUUAGUCAUAACUUCGAUUGGAGAACUGUAAGAAUUUAUUUCCAUGAGGCCUUUAGAUAUUAUUUAGCGAGCUUAUUGUCCAGCACUUAUGCAAAGCGUACACGCACAGGUAGUCUCAUUGCGGGUCCACCAAUAGUAUCUAUGUUAACAGACCAUUGCUUUUCUUUUUGUUUCUUUACGUGGCGUGCACUUAACACUUAUGAAUGUAUUUUAUGGUAGAAUUUGGCCUGUGAAAAUAGUGACAAGAAUUUUAUAGUCACAAUUGUAUUUUUAACAUGAAUUCAUUUAUGCGAUGCGGGUAGUCCAUUGAAAUUUGGUUAUAGAAUUUGUAAUUUAUUGAAUUGGGUUGGGCUUUUUUUUUGUUUUUUUGUUUUUUUUAAGCAACUAUAAAAUGAAGUAUAAUAAAGUAUAUUCCCUUUGGAAAACUUCCAAAGAAAAAAAUGUACCCAUGUGAUAGGUCAUAAAAAGAGGUGUCCAGCCCAUCAGAUCGUCAAUUGGUUUAAUGUAACACUGGAUACAGUGGUUAAUUCUUAAUAAACCACUGUAUCCAGUGGUCCAAUGGUUAAUUCUUAAUAAAUAAAAAAAAUGCUUAGAAUGGUCAUUCAUUGCCAGAUUAGAAACCUGUUGUAUUUACUGUGUAGCAUAUUUUUACAGUUAGUAUGAUUAGCUUUAUGGUGCCCAUACACAUUGAAUUAAAAUUGAUGAAAAGAGAUCAUUUCAACCAAAACAAUAGAUGGUUGUGUGAAAUUUUGCAACAAAUGUAAUGGUUGUCAUUGUCGUCGUCUUGCUGUUAAAAAAAGAAGAAAAAAAGUUCCCCAGUAAGAUGAUUUGCCCAUCGCCCAAUGUCAUUGGUCAUGUUUGACUGGAUUGAAGGAAUUAAUUGUCCACUAUGGACUGAAAUGUGUAUGGUUCAUUGGCAAAACAUCUACCAUACAAUGAUUCACUGGUUGUUUAACCAUCAGCUGACCGUGAAUACAACAGAAAUGUAAUCCAUAAUUUUUUUUGCCAUAACACUAACCUUAAAAUACCCUGAUGACUAAAGCUGUUUAGUUUUAGGAUCUUUUUUUAAGCCAAUAUUUUCCUUAAAGGAGUACUCCAAUUAUCCCCUAUUCAAAGGAUAAAGGAUGUGUCUAAUCGUGGGGGACCCAGCGUUGUACUCUUAUAUCUCCGGCUCUCCCAUAGAGAUGCAUGGAGGGUGGGUGCCGACCCUCGCUUCUUGCACAAGGAGUUUCAAAGUACCAUGCAGGAGAUCGCAGGGGGUCCCAGCUGUCGGACCACCCUCGAUCAGACACUUAUCCCCUAUUCUUUGGAUAGGGGAUGCAUUUUCCUAAAUUGGACUAACCAUUUAAACUUUUUAAAGUCUUUCAGUGCCACCCAGUUUAGAGUUCCUAUCUUUUACACUAAAUAUAAGGACUUAAGCCAUGUUUUAUGUUUUGACCCAGUGUUCGGAUUUCGAGAUCGUAUGGUCCUAGACCAGAUAUUUUAUUAGAAUUAUCUGUAACUGCUCAAUGUAUUUAAAAUUUGUGAUCCCUUAAUAUUUAAAAAAAUAAAUGAAACAUUGGGAAUAAAAUUUGCCCUAUAUGUUAAAUAAAUGUCAGGAUUGACCUAAUGGGUAACAUUUAUGGUUGAAAUAAAAUACUUGAGGAUAACCCAGUCGUUGUAAAAUAUCCAUCUUACAUUGAAUAUAGACAACAUUGAUUCACUAAUAAGGUUUAACAAUACUAUUUAGGUGUAACCUGACUAUAUAGGAUUGUCUUGAGAGACUUUUUGUCUUGAGAGUCUACAUAAUUCUAUAUGGGUAGAAUUGACCCUUAUUUCAGGCCAAUGCUGUCAGCAUAUAGUCAUGUAGGAUGAAUUGAAAGGCACUCAGGGAAGCCAUAACAAUGAGUAUGUAAAAAGUAAUUAGUUUUGUUCCAUCAAGAACAAGAUUUAUUCGCUACUUAUCUAGGUAUAUAAAUGCACCUUGAAGCUGCAUAUGGCAAAAGUGGAGUAUUUUAUAGUUAAUUGUUUGGGAUAUAUCAUUUUGGUUAUUCUUCUCGAUUAUUAGGCCAAUUAAUUAUUUUUUUUGUCCAAUUCUAGAAAAAGUAAUACGAUUGCUCCAUGUCACCUUAAGACUAAGAUUUGUAGGAAUGGUUACUGACUGAGCCAACAUUCGUUUGUAGAUCUUGUGGCUCAAUAAUAUUUUUUCCCUUUUAAAUGGCGAGUUUGCUUUACAAAGAAUUUGAAACCCUUGUUAAAAUAAAUAAUACUUUGUGGACUAGACCAUCUUUUCAUACUAGUGAGGAAUAGCUAAAUUUUUCCCCAAUUUUGAUUUUCUGUCUGUUAUUUUGAUGUGGUGGUGUUUUUGUUUGUUUUUUGUGUGCACAAAAUGUAAAUCAUUUUUACAGAUUUUUUUUUAUUUCUUUUCACCAUAUGCAUAGUUUCCUGAUUUGUUUGCCAUUUUUAUAAAUGGGUGUAUAAUAAGACCUUGCCUUGUUUUGCUUUCAUCAUUUAUCCUAAGCAAUAGUAUAGAAGAACAAUCCAUCCAUUUUUUUAAAUUUUUUUUUGUGUGUGUGUGUGUUUUUUUUUCCUCUACUUGAUGUUUAUAUGACCGGCUUUACCUUUUUGGAGGCACCUUGUUUAGCUUCUAGUCACAGCUAUCUAAUGGACCAUGUUAACAAAGCUGCUGAUUUGGUGCUUUUUGAUGGAUAGGUAUUGCUCCCGGGCUUAGAAUCUAGAACGUAGUAAUCUAGAUAAUGGUGCAUGGGUCAUUACUACUUAUAACAUGAGGAUAUUUUGUGUAUAAUUUAUGCAUUUCACUAGGAAGGUGUAUGGGGUCUUGCCUCAUCACAUCAGCUGUGUUAUUUAUAAUUACAGGAUAAAUCUAUUUUUUUUAAAGGACCCUUCUAAUCAUUGAAUUAAUGGUUAAUAUGUAUGAAUGAUUUGUUUGUUGUUUUAUUCAUGGUAGAGGGUUUGUUUUCUUUUUAUAUUUCACUUUUUAAAUUUAGUUGUAUCUUUAUUUAUGUACUAUACAUGUAUCUUCAGAUGGUAUGCAUUCUUAUGUCAUUUCCUUUUUUAUUUUUAGUGUGAUUUAACUGUCUACCUUAUAAAGAAGAGAAUGUUUUAUUGUAUUUUUACAUUGUCAAAUCCUAUAGUUUCGUAGAUAAUAAUUUAACCAAAAUCGCUCAAUGUAUUAUCCAGUGAGUAUAAAAUAUAUUUUAAAUUGUGUAAAUACUUUCUGGACUGGCUUAUUUUACUUAAACUAUAUUCCUCUGGAUAAGGAGUUUCUUGUUUACAUUACAAAAUUAACUGUAGAAUCUCUACAUUCAUGUACUGUAAAUAGCAAUUGUGUUCAGCCUACGAAUAAAACUAAACCGUGGAUGGUAAAAGUUUAACCACUAAAUCUGUGUCUUUAGUUUUACGUCUA